AUGCGGAUGGACUCCAAGUUCUUCGGCUAUGAUGACUUGCACCCAACUUGGCUAGUACUCUUGAGGCUAGCAGCUACCAAGACACUACCAACCAGCAUCCAUUUGGUUAUUCUUCGGAACGCAACUGCUGAGCAGCCCGAGUCAGUCAUUUCGCCAGCUACCUCAGUACGCGGCCGACUUCUCUUAGCCAAGGAAUGUGUCGGCGGCAAGACCAAGCUGUCAAUGAAACGCAACGCCAUCAUGCAAGCACCAUCCGACAACGGCUUUGUUAACCGGCCCCUCCCCCGCAACAGUCAACCACGUGGUGAACACGUACGUUGGCGAGAAGUCAGUCCCCGAGAUGAGGCUUGA